AUGGCGACACCUACAGUACAGCGCAUACCCUACUCGGCACCGCGAGAAGAGUUUAUAAACGCACUCAAAAAGGAUGGCUGCGUGAUUGUGCAAAACUUCACCACUCUCGAGGCUCUUGAGCAGGCGAGGGUUGAAGUGCAGCCUUAUUUGAAUCGAGAUGACAACAGCCACGUUGGGGCUCUGAAUGGAGGCACCAAAACAUGCACACGGUUGGUUGGGCGAAGCAAAACGGUUCGCGAGAAGUUUUUCUCGGAUCCUCUGUACCAGGACCUCGCUGAGGAAUUCCUCGCCAUCACCACAACAAAUUGGUACAACACAGAAGCGUCAACAAACACAACGCACCCGCUGCUCUCCAUCGCCAUCACGAUGGACACGCGACCCGGCGCGCAGGCCCAAAAGCUGCACCGCGACGACAAAAACCACCACGCGCGGCACCAGCGUGCAGACACUUAUCAUGCCGACCGUGACAUGCUGCUUGGUCUGUUUGUGCCCGGGUGCGAUACCAGCCGGGAAAUCGGCGCGACGAGGAUUGUGCCUGGAAGUCAUCUGUGGGGGGACGAGCAGCCGGAUUUUGGGCCGGAUGGCAACAAGGGGGUUAUUGAUGCAGAGCUGAAGGCUGGUGAGGCCUUUAUCAUGCUUGGAAGUCUGUACCAUGGGGCUGGACAUUAUUCGAAGAGCACGGGGAAUCGCAUGGUUCAUAUUAUGUUCUUGUGUAGCGGUAUUUAUCGCCAAGAGGAAAUAUCGUAUCUUUCAUACCCUAUUGAGGAAGUCAAGACGUACUCCAAGCUCGUCCAGCAGAGACUAGGCUGGGAGCAGUCUGAGCCUAAUCUUGGAUGGGUUGAUCUUGUUUCGCCAGAUGCGUUGUUGAAGUGA